AGCUGCAGCUAGAAGGAGGACAGAGGGAGAAAUGAGGACGGCAAGGGAUGCCAGACUCACCUCCCACUGCUCAGGGGCCUGAGUCUAGUUGUCUCCGGGGGUGUGGGAGGGCCAGAGAAGCACCUGCCUGAAAUGCUUCUGGCCUGGCAGUUGAGUCUGAAGGUUUAAAGGGCAAGGAGCUGGUGUGUGAACAAUGAGAAGGAGACUCAGAGACCACACCUACUGAGCUAGAUCCAGCAUGGACAUUUUGGUACAAAACAUACACAACAUCAUUCCUUAGUGUGCCCAGCUCAGGGGCUGUUGAGAAGUGGGCUGCUGGAUAACAUACUGCAGGUUUGUGGUGUGUGUGUGUGUGUGUGUGUGUGUGUGUGCGUGCGCACGCGCGCACGCAAGCACGCCUGCAGCCUAUAUCCUCCUUUUUCUUCACCAGCCUCCCCCCUCCCCUCCAGCCACCCUGGGAUUGGUGAUUCGCAGCCCCUCCCCCAGCCCCCCAGACCCUCCCAGAGCCUUUAUCUGGGAGCUGCCCAGGAGUUCCUGCCACAUCCUCAGAUCCCCUCCACUCCCUGUCUCUCUCUCCACGGAGGCAGCAGCACCACCAGCGCACGUGUGUGUGUGUGUGUGUGUGUGUGUGUGUGUGUGUGUGGUGGGGGAGUGGGCAGUGCUCCCAGCCAGCUCCCUGAUCCUGUUAGACCAUCUGCCCUAGGCUCAAGGCUGCUCCACAGGCACCAUGCGGAAGGCCCUGCUAUUUGCAGCCAUUCUGGCCAUCAGCCUGGCUUACAGUUUUGGGGCUGUCUGGGAGGACUCACAGGAGCAGGUGGUGCCUGGUGGGGGCCACAACAAGAAGGACUUGGACCUCUACCAGUUGCCCUCGUCCUUGCUCCGGAAACUCUAUGAUGGCCGCUCCGUCUCUCUGGAUGGAUUGCUCAAAAUGUUGAGCAAGGCUAGCAUGGAUCCUAAGGAAUCGCCACUUCCCCAGAAACGUGACAUGCAUGACUUCUUUGUGGGGCUUAUGGGCAAGAGGUAUAUCCAGCCAGACACUUCUAUUGAUGUAAACCAAGAGAAUGUCCCCAGCUUUGGCACCCUCAAGUAUCCCCCCAGUGUGGAAUGAGCACUCUACUUCUGGAUCCCUGGGCUGCAUCGUGAAGACACCUGUCACCCCCUCUCAACCCCCAGCUGCAUGUGCUCCCAUUCCCCUUUCUUUCCCCCAUCCUUGUAACACUCUUGUACUUUGACUCCUUCCCCAUCCCUCUACUCCACCGUGAUGUAGAAACCGCAGAGUGAGCAUCCUCAGUCCCCUUGGGCAUUGACUAUAGAUUCCCCUGGGGUUUCUGGAGUGUCCUCCGUUAAAAAUAAGACGCCUCUUUCUACUCCUCAACAAUAAAGGAU